AUCAAAGCAUGUAAUUGUACUUGUAAGUUGUAGUGGCUCCCUGAAAGCUAUCACCACAUGGAACAGGAGCUCAUAGGUUUUGUGGUGGCGAUGGAAGGGGGCUCUGGCAGAAUUAUGGGGCGAGUGAUACCCUAAUAGGUAAUUUUUGGUCGAUACUUAGCGUAGCUGCGUCUUGCCCUUAAAAGUUCAAGCAGACGGCAUCGUGACACAUCAUACACAGUAAAGCAUAGAAUGAGAUCCUUUGAACUGCAGGUGAAUGACUAUCGGAGAGCCGCCCUCAAAUUGAGGUCAUUCGAUCAAGAAGAGUCUGCUCCCACGAUCAGAAACGACUCCCAAGCAAACCGUGGGCGUCAAUUGUGUGUCGCGACAGAGAGAUUUCCGUUGCUGAAAAGUGCGCAGAGCUUUUUUGCUCUUGUGAUGGCUUGUGGGAGCAGCUUGCACUCCAUCCCUUCUUAGAUCUGUUUUUGGGCUCAAAAGGCAGCAUGGCAGCUUGGUUGGAGGCGUGGCUCAGCAGAAUUGAAAAUUCCAGAGAAGUCGACCAGAAAAGGGCUGGCUAUGCGGAGAACCUGUGGAGAUUGUUUGAAGGAGAAGUGCAGCCUGAAACAUGGGUGCAGCUUCAGAAGUUGCGAGCUUCCCAAAGGAUGGCUCGGGUGCUGGACAUCCGGUCCAGCCCUCCCCUUGUCAGGCGAUUCGUCGUCAUGGCCCUGUUGUCCAUGGUCCAAGCGGACGCGGCCAGCUCCCAGUCUGGCGGCCACCGUCUGCGCAAUGUCGAGCUGGUGUCCAUGCUGACAGCAGAAUUCAUGAGAAGCGUUGCAGACGAGUCGAGCACGGUGUGGACCAUCCUGGCCGAGAUACUGGCCUUGCUCUUAGAUCCGCAAGUAGAGAAGCAAUCAGGGGGUCAGAGGGUCAAACCCACCACGCUACUCAGAGGCACCAACCUGGAGGAGUUCGCAAAGGCCAUUCGACAGGGGCUGCUUCACCAACCUUCGGAGGUGGUACAAGCAUGCCUGCUGUUACUCGUCAAGGCCUUCCAUGACGCAGCCUUCUGCAGCGCUUUCAUGCAGGUCGGAGGGGUGCACGCUCUGCUGUUGUGCACCAAGAAGAGCCCGUCUGUCUCGAUGACCGCGCUACGCGCCUUGCGCAACCUAGUAGAGCGUGCACCGCACACCUUGCACGUAGGCAAAGUGAUACUCCGGGACUUCGCUACCUUCCUUACGCUGCUCAAGCUGAUGCAGCGCAACAGUGAGAGCGUGCUGAGCCUGGACCUAGCUUACAUCGAGGAAGAGCGCAAGGUGGAGAUUGCUCUCUUCUUCGGCAGCAUGUGCGCGGGCAGCAUGCAGUGCCGGAACCUCCUCCGAAAGGAGCUGUCCCGCUUCCCUACCUGGGCCGUCCUGGCCAGGAGCAGCAUCCUCUCCGCCCUGGCGCAAGCAGAGCCUGCCGCCCUAUGUCAGGUCGUCAUUCCCGGGUCCUCGCUCCCCGUUGUGGCCGCGCCCCAGCCCGCCUCCUACUCCCCGGCCUCCUCCGGAGCGCCCCCCUCCCCUCGUGGCGACCACUCUAGUUACGUCAGCAAUAAUAGCGGGGGCAAUAGCCCUCGGGGGGCCUCUCCCGGGCAACGCUUCGGCUUCGGGGCCGCCGAGACUCUUGCCGCGAAACGAUCCCCCGGGUUCGCCGACCGCUUCUCCCUCUCUCUCGCCACCCAACCCGGUGGCGGCGCCCCCCCUGGGGCGCUCCCCGACGACCCGAACCUCCCCGCUCUCGAAACCGCGAUCGUCUCAGAGGAGUUGCGCUCGCGAGCGCGCGCUAUAUACGAGGCGCUCAAGGCCGCCGUCGAGGUGGCGUUCGACAUCUACCCGACGGACGAAAGCGGGGGCGCCGUCCGACUCGAGCGGCCGCCGGACGGCGUGCUGUCGCGGACGGUGUCCGAGGCCGUGUCCGAGGCACCGGUGUUGGAGAGCCGCGCGCCCCGCAAGAAGUUUUUGACACACCGCGCGCCGGCCAUCACGCAGUCCCCGCUGCUGCGCAUGUCGCCCGGGGUGCGGCAGGCGCUGCUCGCUAUGGCCGCGGACUCGGGACUACAGUCGUCCAGCGUCAGCCGCCCCGCGUCGUCCCUGGGCACCCACCUGGACGACUCAAGGUCGCGCCACGGGGGCGCGUUGAGCAGCGAGGCCAACUUCAGCACGCUCGAGUCGGAGUCGGUGCUCCAACCGCGGCUGGGGUCCACCAUCUUGGUGCAGAAGCAGGAAGGGCGCCGGCGGGCCUCCACGGGCAGCAACUGCGAGCCGUCGUUCGUGCUGGGGUCUCCGCUUAUACCUCUGGACGGGGAGCUGUUCCGGUUCGCGCUGCCGACGUCGCAGCUGGAGGAGGGCACGCUGGCGUCGCUGUGGCGGUGGAGCCAGCAAUGUCUGCGCGACGUGCGCAAGCAGAUGCUCAUUAUGCCCAAGAAGGACUACCCGCGCGCACGGCCCGCGCUGCAAGAAAAGAAGACGCGCAUCCACACGGUGGAGUGCGCCCUGUUCCGGCUGCUGACCCUUGAGCGCAUGCUGGGCACCAAAUUGGUCUGGUCCAAGCUGGAGGAGGCGGCCGCGGGUGGGGGGAUGAUUACGGAGGAAAACAUCGCGCGCUACACCGCGCUCGUCAGCGGCAGCUUCAAGGAGGUCUCCAGCGCGCGCCUCGCGGAGCUGCCCGUCUUUGCGGUGCAGGCCUUCGUGCUUCAGGGCAAGGACGCCCCCACCCAGGCGCUCAGCCUGGCGCUCUCCCGGUGGGCCUCCUACACGCGCGCGCGCAAGAAGCGCGCGCUCCAGCGGUGGUCCGCCGCGGUGCACCGCGAGCGCACGGUGCUGCGCGCGGUGCUCCGCCGCCUGGUGCUCCUGCGGUGGCAGCGGCAGCGCGAACGGCACGCGUUCCGCAUCAUUGCGAACCGCCACAAGCAGUGGCUCGUGCACUCCAAGUGGGAAUCCUGGCGUGGGGCGUACCUCUCGCGAUGCCGCGGCGGCCGCAAGAUCGGCAUCCCGGAGCUGAAGGUGCUGUCGCGCGCGAUGGGCGCGUGGCAGGCGCGCGUGCAGGAGUACCGGCGCAAGAAGGAGCGGCUGCAGCUCGCGCAGGAGUUCCGGAACAAGACGCUCCUCUGGCAGGCGCUCUCGCGCUGGCUAUACUUUCAGGACUGGCGCGCGCACAAGGCCGAACUGCUCCGGACUGCGGAUCUACGGCGCCCGCUGUGGCUGCUCAAGGCCGGUUUUCGGGGGCUGCACGAGAACGUCGCACUCUCGCGUGAAAAGAAGCGCGAGCGCGAGCGCGCAGUGGAAACUGCGCUCUCGCAGUGGGCAAAACAGGCGUCAAAGCACUGCUUUCGAAAGUGGGCACUGCUUCCGGAGCACGCGCGGCAGAAACGAGAGACGAUAAAGGCCGCCCACGAGGCCUUCUGCCGGCUCCUCAAGGCCCGAAGCCUCCGCUGGUGGAACAAGUACCGGUUGCAGCGGCGGGAGGGCGCGCGCAUGAAAGAAGCGGCGUCGCGGUUCCGCGCGCGCGUGCUCUUCCGGCGCACGCGCCUCGCGGCCGCGGAGUAUCAGGAGUACAAAAAGCUGUCCGCCGUCCGGAAGGCCGAACGGGACCACGUGGUGUCCGAGUUUCGGACGCUGACGGGGAAGCGGAAAGCGUUGCGAGGGUUCCGGUGGGCGGUCCGGGAACGGGCGUGGAAGGAGGGCGCAACAACUAGAGCGGCGAAGUGCGCUCGCGUGCACUGUUUGGUGCGCGUGCUGGCGCAGUGGGGGUACUUCGUGGGGCGGCAGCGGCUCGACCGGGAGCACUCGAAGCGGGCCGACGCGCACCGGCGGCGAGCGGCGCUCAGGACGGGGUUUAGGGUUUGGAGGCGCGCGCGCGCGCGGAGGGUUGCGGAGCAGGGGAAGCGGCGGGCUGCUGUAGAGAUGGGGAGAAAGGGCGUGCUCCGGAGGAUGCUGCGCGCGUGGCACGGGUGGCUGGCGGUGCGCGGGGACUCGGAGGUGUGGGACAAGCGGCGGGAGGAGCUGUGUCUCAGAGCCCUGUUCAGAAGCUGGCACGCUUUGGUCGGCCGCCAAAACGCAAUUCGCGAGGCCAUCGCCGCGCGCGACACCCACCCGCUCGCCGACGUCAUGCCCACGUGGCACGACGUGGCGCGCCGGCGGCGCCUCCAGCGGCGCUGCGUCCACCGGUGGCGAGCCGCGGCCGCUGCCGCGGCUUUCCAAACCUGGGCCGAGCGCAUGGCAGAUAUGAGGCGGAAACGCCACCUGCUGGGGAGGGCGAUUCAGCGCUGGAUUGCGGCCCCAUAUCCGUUGAUUCAAGUCGCCCUCCGGUGCUUCGACCACUGGAAGGCGCUCGUCGAGACGAAGAAACGGGUGAACGGGGGAAAAGCGGGAAUGGUCGCGAGGAAAGCGCGACAGACGCGCGGCCGCGUUGUGGCCACGUGGCGGGAGGAGGUGGAGCACAGGAACCGGUUGCGCGUCGCAUUCGGACUUGUGAGCCAUCGGGCAAGGCGCGGGUUGAAGCGGCAGUGUCUGGAGGGCUGGAGGGCGGCUGCUUUAGGAGGGGCACAGGAAACAAUGUCGGAACAGCGAGCUCCCAAAACCACGGAGCGCCCCCAAGUUCAACCUGUACCCGUUGCCUUCGACCCUCCAAGGGAGAGCCGACUUUCGUUCGGUUCUGAGGCCACCGCUGCGGAUGAUGUUGAGUGUGCGGCUGACGAGGAACCGUCGCGGUUCCGCGCUUUGUCUGAUGUGUUGGCCAUCAGCCGCGCUAUCAAAGUCGUGGCGCAGUGGCGGGCGGUGAUCGCUCAGAGGAAAAUGGCGCGGAGCCUGGAGGUGAUAGCAGAGUACCGAGCGACGGACUGCGGUCCGGUGGGAACGGAUACCGGGCAAGUGAACGAACGGACAGAAUUUCCUCAGCACGCGGCAGCAUGACUUGGAGCUAAGCAAAGUUUAGCUCGCAAGAUCUUCCAAGAGUCUACUUCCAAUUGUCCUCAGCAAAUCAUAGAGAAGCGCAUCGCAGUUGGAGCGUUUUGCAGAGU